AUGGCAGACACUGCGAACACGGCUACGGUGGAUGCAAUUACCUCUACAACGUCGACCACCGCCGACAAUAGCACUGCUCCUGUUGAUGGGAAUGUCAGCACAAACAACACAAGCACCAUUCCAGGAAAGGUUGAAGCAAAAGCAGAUCAAGCCAUUGGUAGUGCCAAUGAGUCUGUUGGCAACGCAGCGGGAAGCAACAACCUCAAGGGCCAAGGCAUACAGCAAAACGCAGAAGAACAUGGCAAGGAAACAGCCAACAAUGUGGCUGGAUUCUUUCACAAGAUGACAAAUGAGGUGCAAGGCACAUUCAAAGGUCUUUUUAAUGCAUUUUCUGGAAGCAACAAGAAAAUAAUGAGUUGCACAAGACCAUGUCAUUUGGCUGACCGCAAUAAAAUAAAGAUGGCUUCUUCAUUUGGGAAACCAAAACCUGCAAAUUGUGAUGUAUAA